UCUAUACCCAAACCCUGCCCCCAACUCUAAAAACUUCCUGCUUUAUGUUCAUCAAUAAUGAAUGGCCCAUCCCUGCAAUACUCAGAGGGAGCUUACAAUGCACUUUUGAGCAGCCGCUUAGUAAUGUACAGUGGAUAGAGCCUUUCUUUCAAAUCCCAGGGCAGCAGGUCCUUCAAGGCUAGCAUUGCAUUUUUCAAUUAGCUGCUGAGUGAAUGCUUGGCAUGUGUAUAUUAGUGAAGAGCCACACAAUUAGCUUGUUCCUUUCUGUAUUGUGCUGAGAGGAUCUAAGGGAUUGGUGGGGAACAGGCAAGCCAGGCAUCACUGUGGAUGUUGAAGAAGAGAGUUAUUCAGACCUCGGCAUCUUCACUUGCUCGCUCUGGAAUUACAGCUAUUUAUUACAAAGCACUCUGUGUGGCUGGGUGGAGUGCUCCUGAGGAAACACAUCCCAAACACCACCUGGGGUUCGUCUUCCUGAGUCCUUCACAUCUCUGACUAAUUCUCAUCAUUAUUAUGGAGCCAAACAGUCCCAAAAAGAUACAAUUUGCUGUGCCUUUAUUCCAGAGUCAGAUUGCACCCGAAGCAGCUGAGCAGAUCAGGAAAAGAAGACCUACACCAGCAUCACUUGUGAUUCUCAAUGAACAUAACCCUCCAGAAAUAGAUGACAAGAGGGUGACUAACACACAAGCAGAAGCACAGAAUGCAACCCCUAAGCAAAGGAAGCAGAGCGUGUACACAGCACCCACCAUGAAAGGGGUUAAGCAUAUGAAAGGCCAGAAUGAAUCAGCAUUCCCUGAAGAGGAAGAAGGCGUGAACGAGAGAGUGCAGCAAUGGGACCAUUAAUUACGGGUCUGCAAUAAGAAGGCUUCUUGGGAAUAACUGAACU